AUGGCUCCAACGUUACAACAGUGCCCCGUCUGCUUUAACCACUAUAGAAGCACUCCAGACGGGAAGUUAUGUCGGCACGGAGGUAAAGUGAAAGGACAGGAAUGCUCGGGGUCCCGGAAAAAAGUUGAUUCAUCGGGCGCGAGAGCUGCUUCUAGCCGUCGACCGUGUGGACAACCUAAGCUUGGGGUCGGGCGCCCGGACGGAUGCACGCUAAUACCUUGGAGAGCCGGUAGAUGUUUGGCGUGGGAUGUUGCGGUCCCUAGCACCCUUGCCGAACGAUAUGUAAACCUGACAAGUAAAGAAUGCGGUUUGGCCGCGGCCAGGGCAGCGGACGAGAAAAUGAAAAAAUAUGGGAACGCUCUCCCCUCGAUGGAAUUCUUGCCAAUAUGUAUCGAGGUUCUCGGCCCGAUGGACCCCAACACCCUUAAAUUUCUUAAGGCAAUAUGUAAAAUGAUCAGCGUCAGAUCAGGCGACAGCAGGGAACUGUUUUUCGCAACUAACCACAUUUCGUGCUUGUUGCAGCGGUGCUUUCAGAGGGCAAACAUACCCACAAUUAAAGAACCCACGGGUCUUAUGGAGGAAGGUAGCCUCAGGCCCGAUGGGUAUACUAUUUCACCAUGGGCGCAGGGACGUUUCCUUGCUUGGGAUGUUACGUUCCCUCACACCAUGGCUGAAAGGUACAUUAAUUUUACCUCACAGGAGGCGGGUGCCGCUGCCUUAAGAGCCGCAGACUUUAAAAAUUCAAAAUAUGCGGCUCUUGCAGAAAGCAAAAUUUUUCAGCCAGUCUGCAUUGAAACCUUUGGUCCAACCGAUGCUCAGACUCAGAGUUUUCUGAAUGAACUCUGUAGCAGGAUUGUAGAAAUAUCGGGUGACCCAUUAGAUAAGAGUUAUGUAAAACAAUCCUUUUCUAUUUUACUUCAAAAAUAA